AUGACAACUUCUUCAAACUCGGACGCCUCUCUACAAACACAACAUGGGCGUGCGUCGCUGCGAAAAAGGCUCGAUUCCGGUUCUUUGUCUGACCCGACCUCGAAUUCGUCAAUCUCAAACUUGCUUUCGUACCUUGGAACAAACGUUGGUGUUUUCGCUUUCUUGGACUUACGCUCGGCAGGCUCUUCUGAUGAUCUCUUCUUGACCUUGACUGGCUCUUCCUCGGGUUUGCCGUCGUUAUAUGGAAGUGUGACAGUUAAAGUCUUUUUCUGGUUUUCUGACUUGACUGGUUUUUUUACCUUUAACGAUUUCUUCUUCGACUUGUCGUCGGAGAGCUCCUCGGUCUUCAGAGAGUCUUCCUUGACCUUUGUUCUAUUACGCAAUGAAGGCUCGAACUUUUUGUCUUCGUCGGUGAUCUUGCGAGGUCUGGCUUGA